AUGAACUCGUUGUCGGCCAUCGACGACAUUACUGCCGAAUACAAUAUUAUAGUGAACAUGGAUUUGGAGUGGUAUGACAGCCGACUAACUCAUCCGUGUGGCAAAGAGCCGGUAGUAUUAACAUUAGAACCGCCGCAAUAUACCCGCAUUUGGACGCCACAGUUGGGCGUUCCCGAUGUCAAAGAGCCCGGAUCUGUUGAGUUUAACGCUCAGAAUGUGGUGGCUUUUCUGCUCAGAACUGAUGGCUAUAUUUUAAUAAGAUCCCGACUUCAAUUGACAUUAUUCUGUGAACUAAACUUCAAGAACUAUCCGUUUGAUUCACAGAUCUGUUCGGUUAGCCUACAAAGCCGGAGCUCAUCCGAUGAUAAUAUAGUACUUCAGUGGCGCGAAACCCAUGCCUUUCGUAAUGCCGACCGCUUUCAGAUGAUCGGCUAUAAGAUGGUUGGCUAUAACCUGUUGAACGAUUCCGUACAUUUGGUCGACACGUUUAGCGAUUUUAAUGUAAGUCGAGUACAGGUUCGGUUGAAUCUAAAGAGAGAGUGGACUCACUUUUUAAUGGACGUCUAUCUGCCGUCGGCUCUGUUUGUGUCUAUGUCUUGGUUGUCAUUUUGGCUCGAAAUUUCUGCAGCACCGGCCAGAGUGACGUUAGGUAACACUGCUAUGUUGACGUUGGUCACCAACUCGAUGACCACACGCGAGAAACUACCAAAGGUAUCAUAUAUUCACGCUCUGGACGUGUGGACAGCAUUUUGUACGUGUUUUGUAUUUGCAUCGCUCAUCGAGUUUGCAGUCGUUAGCUAUAUCUAUCAUUCCAGUCGUAAUCGCCGACACCAUCGCAAACAAUCCCAACAAUCAUUAACAUCUAUGACAACAUUGUCGUCGUCAUCUACCAGUUCCAUGACUAGUAUAUCCAAAUAUCUUGACGUUCAAGAACCUGACAAUAAUAAGAUAGUUGUGCCCAAAUAUAUUGCCGGUGAUUGUAAUCGCAAAUUUAGCAGAGAAUCAGGUGAUAGUUUUAGAAACCAUUAUAGACAUCAAUAUCACUGUUUUAAGAGCAUAUUCUAUAUACGGAAUCCCCAAUCAUUGGCUAAUUCUAUUGAUAGGAAAUGUCGUUUUUUGUUUCCACUUUGCUUUUUACUAUUCAAUAUCAUCUAUUGGUUAAUAGUUUAA